CAAUUCCAUUCGGCUGCAGACACGUGUGUGCUUGUACAGUAAGUUGCUCUUCGCUUUGCCUGCUCAGAAAUGCUGAGAAUACAAAGAAUUCUGCGACAUGCAAAGCCAGCUUCCAGAGCGCUGUCCUUGAGCUUGAGCCGCCAGUAUGCCAAAGAUGUUAAGUUUGGGGCUGAUGCAAGAGCACUUAUGCUUCAAGGGGUUGAUCUCUUGGCUGAUGCGGUGGCUGUGACAAUGGGACCCAAGGGAAGAACUGUUAUUAUCGAACAAAGCUGGGGAAGUCCAAAAGUAACCAAAGAUGGCGUAACAGUUGCAAAAGCAAUUGAUCUGAAAGAUAAAUACAAAAACAUAGGUGCCAAACUAGUUCAAGAUGUAGCUAACAACACAAAUGAAGAAGCAGGUGAUGGAACAACCACUGCAACUGUCCUUGCAAGGUCUAUAGCUAAAGAAGGCUUUGAAAAGAUAAGCAAAGGUGCAAAUCCAGUAGAAAUUAGAAGAGGUGUAAUGAUGGCAGUAGAUGCGGUCAUCAAAGAGUUAAAAAAUCAGUCAAAACCUGUUACAACACCAGAAGAGAUAGCUCAGGUUGCUACCAUAUCAGCAAAUGGUGAUCAAGAAAUUGGCAAAAUAAUAUCAGAUGCGAUGAAAAGAGUUGGUCGUAGAGGUGUAAUUACAGUUAAGGAUGGCAAAACUCUUCAUGAUGAGCUGGAAAUAAUUGAAGGCAUGAAAUUCGACAGAGGCUAUAUUUCACCAUACUUUAUAAAUACAGCUAAAGGCCAGAAAUGUGAAUUCCAGGAUGCAUAUCUUCUCCUUAGUGAGAAAAAAAUUUCCAGUGUUCAGUCUAUUGUGCCUGCUCUUGAAAUUGCUAAUGCUCACCGUAAACCGCUAGUUAUAAUAGCUGAAGAUGUUGAUGGAGAGGCGUUAAGCACAUUAGUGUUAAACAGGCUGAAAGUUGGGCUGCAAGUAGUUGCCGUAAAAGCUCCAGGUUUUGGGGAUAACCGAAAAAACCAGCUUAAGGAUAUGGCAAUUUCAUCUGGUGGGGUGGUGUUUGGGGAGGAGGGUCUCACCCUAAAUAUUGAAGAUAUUCAGCCCCACGAUUUUGGCAAAGUAGGAGAAGUUAUUGUAACUAAAGAUGACACUAUGUUAUUGAAAGGAAAGGGUGACAAAGCUCAGAUUGAGAAACGUAUUCAAGAAAUUCACGAACAGUUGGAAUCUACAAACAGUGAAUAUGAAAAGGAGAAGUUAAAUGAGAGAUUGGCUAAGCUGUCUGAUGGUGUUGCUGUAAUAAAGGUUGGUGGGACAAGUGAUGUCGAAGUUAAUGAAAAGAAAGAUAGAGUAACUGAUGCAUUAAAUGCCACCCGUGCAGCUGUGGAAGAAGGCAUUGUUUUGGGAGGGGGCUGUGCCUUGCUCCGAUGCAUCCCAGCACUGGAAGCCCUAAACCCAGCCAAUGAAGACCAAAGAGUGGGCAUUGAAAUCAUAAGGAGAACACUGAAGAUUCCUGCAAUGACCAUCGCAAAAAAUGCAGGUGUUGAAGGAUCAUUAGUGGUAGAAAAGAUCAUUCAGAGUCCAGUUGAGAUUGGAUAUGAUGCCAUGCAUGCUGAAUUUGUUAACUUGGUGGAAAAAGGCAUUAUUGACCCCACAAAGGUUGUGAGGACAGCUUUGAUGGAUGCUGCCGGUGUUGCUUCACUCUUGACAACAGCUGAAGCAGUUGUGACUGAAAUUCCAAAAGAAGAAAAAGAUGGUGGCAUGGCCGGAAUGGGAGGAAUGGGAGGCAUGCCCGGUGGUAUGGGAGGUGGAAUGUUCUAAAUUUUUAAACUAAGAACUGAUAAAUGCCCAUGUUAAAAGCUCUGAAAUGUUGAGACAACCGAACCGUGAAGCUGGUGAUACGUUUCAAAAGUUGGUUAAGAUUACUUAACUGUUUACUGCUAUCAUUAUUCAUGCCCUUGUGUAAUUUAUUUUCUUUUUUGGUAGACCUUUGUACAUUCCGGAAAAAUUAUGUAGUUGCCAUUGUUACAGGAACAUUUGUUUAAACUAUUGUCAUUUUUACCAGUGCUUCAAGUUUAUUGAUAGUUUUUACAUUUUACUACCACUACUGCCCAGAUUUAAAUGUUAGUGUCUAAUCCUGGCUAUCUAAAAGACGUUAAAAUAAAAAUGUAUUAAUUAUGUUUACUCUAAAUUA